GCUCUGUCAGCUUUGACACGUUAACAGCUCGUGCGCAGACGUACAGCUCAAGCUGAGCCAUUACUGGCGGGAGCAAUGUUAACUUUCCCCGGGAGAAGUGGGCAGAAGCAGAUCCGUAAGAAGAGUCCGCCACCUAGCUGCGGAGACAGACAUCUUUAACUACGUGAUUAUGAAAACACCCGCGCCAAUGUUGUUCCACAGUGAGCGCUGGUCUCGGAUGAUUCUCAAAGUGGCUUUUGGGGGUGUUUUCACCUUCGCUGGUCACAUUAUGUAAUCAAAGCCAAAUCUAAUGCACCACAAGCGGUGGGAUCGUCGCUGCGAGCGAGAGAGCAGAGCAGAAACACCUUCAGCUCAUCUUAAACGCAGUUGGCUCCGGGACGCGCUUUCGGUUAAAGCCUUAAAGACAAGAUACGACCGAAGAAGGAUCCCAUUUGCGCUUGGAUUUGUUCAUCUUUUUAGUUGUAAAUCUCUGGACCCUUCACACCUGCAGUCUACUUUUAGUUGGUGACGUCACUUAUUUCAAGGAGGCUGCCUAAAAGUGAAUGCCAAAAUCAUUUUAGUUUCCCCCGUCUUCUCUGAUGGAUCAGAGAGUGAAGGGGGGCAGCCCUCCAAAAACCUCUGUAGAUGCCACCUCUGCACCCAAAGGCUCAGAGAAGGACCAUGUGCCAGAGAAGAAGCGUAAAGCCGGAGCAGAGGAGGAGAGCGGGGACAAGGGGGCAGUGCUGGAGCUGCUCAUCGAGGGGCGCUGUGGGACCAAAGGAGACCAGCAGCUUCAGAUCUCAGGCAAAGACACGAGCUGCCCUGAGGGGAAUGUGAGACUCCGAAUCGGACUCCAGGCCAAGCGCACCAAGAAGCCGCCCAAGAUCUUAGAGAGCUAUGUGUGCAAGCCCACUAUUAGGACCUAUCAGAGGCAGGGCAGGGGGGCGCUGAGGGGGGAGGCAGAGGGGGGAGUGGGUCACCAGAGCAAAACCAGCUCCAGUCCAGAUGAAGCAACCAGCAAAGAGCAGCACUCGGGCUUGGACAGUGUCCAGACCACCUCCAAACAAACGGCAUCUGCUCCAGUCACACCAUCGUCAUUAUCAACAUCGUCAUCAUCAACAACAACAACAACAACAUCACCGCAGCCACUGCCCUCAGCUCCCACCACAGCCCCUGCAGCUUCAGCUCAGAGGAACAAGUCCAGCAGUCAGGUCCCAAUCAAACUGGCUGAAAAGGCUGAUGUUGUUUCAAAUGGUACAUCGGAGAAAGUGAAGAAAAGUUCAUUAGUGAAUGGUCUUUCAGCUGCACAUAAAAACUCCUCACCCAAAACUGACAAUAAAUCUCAAAUUCCAUCUCCAAAAUCUUCCCAAGCUGAGGACAUAAAGACUGAAGCCAGCUCCGGCAAGAAACAUAAUGGUUUGGUGCAGAUAUCCAAACACAAGGGUCAAUCAAAUGAGAAAGGGACUACCAGCAAUGCAUCUUCUGAAAAAGUCAAAUCUGGAAAGUAUAAUACCACUCCAUCUAUCUCUUCAAUAACAAAAUUGACAGCAGACAGCUCUCAAAAAGAACUGUCAAAUAAUAACAAAUCUCCAUCUAUCUCAGCUGUCACCCCCUCGCCUCCCAUCACCUUGCAACCCCAAGAUGAUCCUUUAAUGCAGCCUAUUGUGGAAAAAAGGAAAGACAAAAAGAAGAAGUCUAAGAAAGAAAAACGAAGGGAUAGAAAAUCAAAGCGUGACAGAUUAGAGGGGGAGAGGGCAAAGAGUCGCAGCGAGGAGAGCAAGACGAAGAAGGAGAGAGGGAGAGAGGAUCGGCAUAAAUCUAAUGAUGUUAAAAAAGAACAAGCCCCGAGUAAAAAUGACAAAACACAAAGCCAGGAAUGUCAAGUUGAAAAUACAGAAACUAGUACAGACAUUGGUAGUUGUACGGUAGAAGAGGUUGUUUGUGAUACUAGACAAGAUGAUAAUGCUCUAGACACAAAAUGCAGGGAAAAUGAUUCAGUGGAAACAACAGGUGAUAACAAUAAAUCAAAAGACCAGGACGUUUUGAGAAAUUCGCCUCCAAUCCAACCCAUCUCCACGCCUCCCACCUCUUUGCCUCCUCUCUCUGCCCCCUCCUCCCCUCCAGAGCAAGACAGCCGCCCGCUAAAGAAACGAAAAGCCCGCAGGCCCAGCUGGACAAAGUUGGUGCACCGAGCUCAGAAAGCGGAAAAUCAUGAAGCCACUUUGGAUUCCCAGCGUAAUCCCUCCCUCAGUUUUCCCCAGAACCCAAAGACAUCCCUUAAUCCCAAUGAGUCACAUGCAGCCACUUCCAGUACUGUUCCCAAAAGCUCCUCCCCACCGUCUACUCUAACUAGGUCUCCAUCUCCCAAACAGACAAAUCCAGAGCCGGUUACAUGUGCCACGAAAACUCCACCAACCCCAACUCGUAAAAGAGGACGGCCUAAAUCUCAAUCUGGCAGCUCCAAUGAACCACCUCCAAAACUUUCCCCGAAUGUUACCCCCACACAGGUGCCUAUUCCUGGGCAGGACAGAGCACCUAGUCCAGUGCAGCUAUGUCCCACCGAGAGUAGACCCAGCCCGAGAAAGAGAGGCCGCCCUCCCAAACAUCCGACCCAAAGCGAUGACCAGCGUAGCUCCAGUGCACUGAGUGACCAUGGCGACAAGAGGAGAAGUGUUCCUAUGUAUGAAAACAGGCAGCUAAACAUCAGGAGGUUGAUAAAUGAGAUGAAGAAGAGAAAAAAGAAGAGAUUUCACAAAGUAAUGUCAUCUGCUUUCGUGGCAAAAGAUGCUAAAUCAAUGGAGGCUACAACAGUACAAACACUCUCAUCUCUGUCUGGCUCCUUAGGGGGUAAGUUUGGUCCUCAAAUUAAUGUCAGUAAAAGAGGGACUAUCUACAUGGGAAAAAGGAGAGGCCGAAAACCAAAAGUGCAAAGCGGCAUCUCCCACAGCUCCUCUCAACCAUCUCUGUUCACCAGUGCUCCAGAAACGUCUCUCUUUUCGCAGCCUCCCGCCUCUCACCCCUUCCCGUCCCCCUCCCUCACCCACUCAAGCGGAGCCCAGAGCCCUUACAGUGAACACAGCUUCACCGACCCUUCCCCGUGUCUGCUUUUCUCUCAACCUUUCUCCCUACCCUCUCCCUCCUCCUCCUGCACCUCCCCGCGACCCCCCUCCUCUUCCUCGCUGUCUUCGUUUGUGAGGAAGAGUUGUCCUUGCCAGGGCAGACCGCACUUCCCAUUCCACCAGUCGACGUGUAAGCUCUCCACUCCCACGACUUCACUGCAGCACGCACCUGGCUCUCCUCCGGGCCACCUGAAAGAGGCCACUACAUCCCCCAGGAGCGAGUCCCACAGCGAGGAGACUUUGCCUAGCGACAGUGGAAUCGGGACGGAUAACAACAGCAUAUGCGAGCGAGGAGAGAUGCGAGGGACCAGAGGGAUGCUAAGAGUAGGUCACUCCUCCGGGAUUGUCUUAAGCAGUCAAAAACAUCCUGCUUCUAUCCUCGACCACCCCUCCCCUGUCUCCUCUCCGCUAUUGUCCCGACACACCAACCCAAAUGCGCACAGGGACAGACACAGGCACAGACGUAGAGAUUUUGACUGCUCCUCUUCUUGCUCGUGCCUAUGCCCAUGUUCAGGGCAAAGUAAAUGCGUUCAGUCAGACUUUUACUCCUGCCACAAUGCACUGAAAAGACAGAAAAAUAAACAUAAGAAGAAGCAACAGCAGAUUAUGCAAAUGCAAGAUCCAGAAUUUCUCUCAGAGUUAGAAGAUCUGAUUGCGGUGUUUAGUGAGAUGCACAUCGGGCGGAGAAGUUGGGCGAGGGCCGGUCUGGUGCAUGGCUACGACGGGGGUAGUCCUGGAGGAAGAAGGCACCACUCCUCCCACUCAAUGCGCUCCAAUAUAUUUCGCAUAAACUUAAAUGGAUUCUACUCACCUCACCCCUCCAACUAUCCACACAAUCCCUCCUUCCCAACCCAGUCUUUCUACUCAUGCCAUCCAGUGCACUGCAGCCGUAAGCUCGAUCGAAGACAGUGCAGUUGCUCGUCGAAAUUUCAGGAUUCAAUUGAAAACAUGUAUAGAAGUUACCCAAGCCUUUAUAACCAUCUCCCCAACUCCUAUCCUCUACCUUCUCCCAGUCAGUUCCCUCUCCACCAAUCUCCACACAUCUUACUCAACCCGGCACGUUUCCAUAGGCGUAGGAACAGACUGAUGCGGGACGGGAGUGUCGGGGGUGAAGAUUGUCCGAGGGGGAGCGGCCAUGCUGGAUCGGGGCUCACGUCAAACUUCUCCUGCGGGUGUGGGAGAAGCGAACACAAACAUAAGCAUAAGCAUCGGCACCGACAUUGCGACGAAGAAGACAAAAUACAGGAAGACGAGGUGGACAGAGAGAGAUUUGGUUCGAAGCAAAGACCAGGGUUCAUUUUUAGACAAGAAGAAAUUGGAAGAAAAACAACAAGGGGGUUAGGGAGCAUGCUGUCCAAAGAAUCACCGUGGUCACGUCAAAACGGAUCGGAUUGUUUCUCAUCUGUCACCGCGUCUUCGUCAACUGAAAGAUUUAAACAAAUACCAUUAACAUCUGUUGGUUUGGGGUCGACUCAUCUGUCGUCAUUUGGGGGAGGCUGGGGCGCCCUGGGACAUAACUGGACAAAAUACAGCGGCCUAGGAGGGACAACAUUCGGCGGUUGGACGGGCUUCAAUAGCGAAAAGCAGCAAACAAACAAAACGGUUGCAGCAGGUGUCGAGGAGGAUGAUGAUGAUGAAGAGGACGAUGAGGAAGAGUCAUCAGUUUACAGGACAUCGCCGGCACCAGUACACACAAACCUGUUCACAUCCGCAGCUAUGGAGACCGGAGCAAGGGGGUUGCGGUGGGGAGGGGACAGGCCGUGGAGGCGGGAGGAGCCAGCCUGGAUGGAGAGGAGAGAAACAGGUUCACACCGUGAUUCAAGAAACUGGGGGCCACCGAAAAAUGUACCACCUUCAGACAAUGGGUCAGUUAAUAAAAGGCGACCAGGGAGACCCAGGAAGCACCCUCUACCGUCUGCAGCCUCUCCCCCAGCACACUCCACCUCCUCUGGGUUUAAGUCUGUGCCUGAAGUGCAGGCUGGCAUCGAGGCACAGAGGAGAGAGAGAGCAGAACCAGGGCUCCUGACAGAGGCUGAGCUGCAGGCCAAGAGGAAGAAGAGCCGCCAGAGGAGACACAGCCCCUCCCCUCCCCAUCAGAGUGUCACCGAGGACAGAGUAGAGAGUGAUUCGCCCUCUGAAAGUUCGGGACACUCAGAUGUGGAGCAGGCUCCAUCAGACCCUGUGCCUGUCCCCACAGAGGAUCGUGCAGACACAGCCCCGAGCAAGAACUUCUUAAAGGCAGGCCUCUAUUCCGAUGACUACAAGACAACAGAUCCCCCAUCACAGAACACACACUUUUGUGCAGAGAGCGCAGAGUAUUCUCCAGAGGAGCAGGACUACAGCCUGCUGCCUGCUCCAAUCCAUGUCGGGAAAUACCUAAGACUGAAGCGCAUCCAUUUCCAGCUCCCUUAUGACGUUAUGUGGCUCUGGCAACAUGACCAGCUCUGCAGGCCGCCAGUGGUCCCACUGAAGAGAAAGAGGCGUUACUGUCGACCUAAAGAGAAGACCGUAUCCCCCCGUGUCAUUGAGGAUCAGACUGAAGACAUCACCAGCCUCUUUCCUCACCUUGACAUGGAUCCUUUGAGCAGCUAUGAGAGGAGCUUCGUGGUCAAGCACCAUGUUUUUCUACUGAGGAACUGGGAGCUGGUGAGAGAGCGGCAGAUUCGCCUGAGGAUUGAGAGAGAGAGGCAGAGAGACAGUGAGGAAGAGGAGGAAGAGGAAGAGGAGCGAACUGAGGACCACAGCCACAUCAAGUCAGAUCAGCAGAAGGGGGAGGAGAAAAAUUUCAGCAGUGAUUCGCCAAAGAGCCAGGACACCUCCAGCUUCCUCACUGCCAACCCCUGUCCCACAAAAGCUCAGAGCGGACCAGAAGAGAGAGAGGAAGACAAAGGAGAGGAAGAGGAGGUAUGCAGAAAAGAGCAGAGGAGGAAACGCCUCAGUGACUUACUUCUGACACUGCAGCGCUCAUAAGCUAAUACAGGAGGGUGGACACACUGAGGACGGGACCAGGCCCACGCGAACAGAUGGACAGGAGGUGAUGUCAUUACGCAGCUACUAUUAAUGAACAAAAACAAACCAGGAGAACAAAUAUUUGUGGUGAAUGAAAACGCAUCGGUGGCACUUGGAGCAGACGAUUGUGUUUUUGAACCUAUUGCUCAGAAAAGACAUCGAACCAAGGCUGAAACCAUGGCAACGCAUAUUUUCAGCCAAAAAUACGAUGGAUGGAAAGAAACAGACCAGCAGACAUGAAUUUGCACUAGUGCUGGAUUGACAAGCACACUAAAGACUGAUCGUAUGCAGAGUGGAUAGACUAUAAAACUACAAGCCUGCACUUCUAUGACUGCAUUUACUUUGGCACCUUAAGGAAGACUGACAGUGGCCUGACUAAAGAAAAGCAAUAGGUUGAGUUCACGUCAUUUUAAAACUUGAUCCAGUAAUUUCAAAUGGAGGGCAGUGGUUAUGCGUGGGUUUCAGAGUUGAAGUUGCCAACAAGUUAACGCAAAAUAUUUGAUCUUUUCAAAAGGUCAACAGUCCUCAAGAUGGCGCCUAUAAACAAAAAGUUGAAACCCAUGAAUAUAACUCUAUGGCCAAAGUAAGAAACAACCAAGGAGAAAAUCCACAUAUGGUGAAGAGCAGUGACUUGACACAUUUGCUGUUAUAAUAUUUUGGCAAAACGUCAUUUCAACUGCCCGUAAUGAGAUGCCUUUGUUAUGAAAUAAUGCCACCACUUGCCUUGACAUUAAAACUAAUAUUUCACGUUCUGUUAAUUCCUGCUGACGGAGAAGACUUUGAAUCUUGUGUGAGUAUUUGUUUCAUGUGGAUUGAUCCCGUAAUUACAGAUAUUGGCUAUAAACCAGAUCAAAAUAUCAAAUUUGACAUAAAGUUCCACCAUAGAAAACCUGCUCUCCAUUUAAAUGUGUAAAGGUGCAUUACGGAGCUUUUAUAGCAGAGAGUCUGCCGCCUGUUUCAUUCCAGGGAGAUGUUAUUGCUUUGCUUUCGUAGAAUGUUCCUUGGUGUGACGUUAAACAUAUCUAUUUUGCAUUUAUUUAAUUACAGGUGUCAAAAAUACCAUGAUAAAUACACAUUUUAGCUGUGAUUUGGCUUGCCCCUCCACAAAUCUGACCUGUAACUUAGCCUGGUGGUGUUCCUGUGUCCAAUUAAUUUCAAUUUUAUUUAUAUAUCACAUUUAAAACAACUUCAGCUGACCAAAUUGCUUCAAAUGUUGUUGAAUGCUUUACUGUGGAACAUUCUAGGCAAAGCAAAAAAGCGGAGACAAGCAGGUGGCAGACCCCUCACCUGAAAAGCUCCAUAGUGCUCCUUUAACUAUGGACAGUUUAAAAUGUUAUGACAUCAACGUUGUGAUCCCAGCUUAAUGGUACUUUGCAUUUCAGCUCUGAAGUUUCCAAGAGACAAGGAGCUCACGAACGCUGCCCCAGGGUAAAAAAAGAAAAAAAAAAGAAAAGAAAAAAAAGAAAUUCCCUGUUUAAGUAGGUCAAAACUGAACUGUCUUUUUCUUGUUAAGCUUUCAAAGUCACGUUGCACCUUUGGGAUAUGACAUGAGGCGGGAGACACGAGCAGAGGUGGGUAGAGUAGCCAAAAAAUUUACUCAACGAAAAUGACUAUUACCGGUACUUAAAAUGAUAUUACUUAAGUAGAAGUAAGUAGCAAUCAUUGUAAUUCAAGUUAUUACUCAUUUAAAGAGGGAAAAAGGUAUUUGAGGAGUGAGUAACAUCUCAUUUAUUCUUUGCACUUAUUGUAAUCGGACAGAUAAAAGAUUGAAUAAUGCACAGAAUCUGAUAUUUUCCAAAGAAUAACCCAUAAAACUGAAAAACAAAAAAAAAUCUCAUAAUAAAUAAUAAAUUCAUAUUGUCAACAUAUUCAUGGGUGUUACAUUCAACAUUUUGGGGAUUUUUCCACAGUCAAAAGAUAUAAUAUAUCAUUUUAAUUGCUAAUCGCUAUGGCAACAGCCCUAAUUUUUCAUCAUUCUGGAGCCAACGGAUAGAUUGUGUUUCCUUGGCUUACUCGCAUAAACUUUUGCUCAAUAUGAGUUAUGUUUCGUCCAAAAAUAGUCGGAAGUAAAAGUACCCGAUGUUGUCAGAAACUAUCAGAAGUACAUUUUUUACUCAAGUUACUGAAGUAAAAGUAACUGAUUGCUACCCACCUCUGGACAUGAGCCAGUUAAAAGCUUUUGAGUCAGUGUUACUUUACCGAGACAGUGUGUGCUGUGUACCAGUGAAUAGACAGGGGAGGGGGCGGGCUUAGACAUAGGAAUUUUGGCAUUGCUGCAACAGAAUUUGUAAUGAGGCUUUAAGAAAAGGAGGAGAGUUAUUUUUUUGAAAAAGAGCAGAGCUUAGUGACUCUAAUCUGCUAUAAAACAGAUAAAUAUAUGAAUUAUAAGAAUGUUUAUCAAUGAGUAUUUUCAGUAUUAUUUCCUGGUGAAGGGUAAUACAUCUUAUAAAGUGUUUUUGUUUACUUCCGGCUGCCUGAGAAUGUGCCCCUGAGCAGAGACAAUCAGAAUGUCCGUGGGGUGAACAAAAUGUGAAAAAGGAUUUGAAAAAUACUAUUAAUUUCACUGCAAAAAAGAUCGUCGAUGUGCUGAAAUGACAUAGACAGAAUAUUAAUCUUAAUUUGAGUAUUUUUUUUAUGUCUUGUGUUGACAAACCCAGAUUAUUUCACGACAUUUCUUCUUUUCAACCUAUUUUAUUUGGGGUUAGAAAAGUGCGAUAAGUUAAAAGCGCUGUGUAAUUUUUGUGAUACGCCUCCUGCUUUUCUCCAUGUAGAUUUGCCCGGAAUGUUCCAUGGUAUGGCAUUAAAGUAUCUGUCUAGCAUUUAAUUGAAAUUGGGAUGUUUUUAAUGCUCAAAAGUAAUUAGAAAGCCAUGUACUCUUACCAGGAGAAACAAAUUUAACAUCCAACUUAUGAACCAUCAAAACAAAGUAUAAACAUCUCAAUGAUUUUAUACCAUAGGCUAUACCAGAAAAGUCACGCAGUGCAGCUUUAGAGGUCCUAUAUUACACAAAAUUGAUUCUUGUGAGCUAUGUGAGCCAUGUUAUGAUGUCGUUACCUCGUCAAAAACAUACCCAUAGUUCAGUUUUGUUUCAUUCACAUGUUUGAGUAACUCUUUAUUAUUAGUCCGUCUACAUCCGCAAAGCUCAAAAUGCUCUGUUCCACCUUGUGAUGUCAUGAAGUGGUAGUUUUAAAGUUAACACCUGCUUUUUUUUAACCUUUUGUUCAGUAGAGAUUGGCAAUUCCGUAGAUUAAAACCAUCCAAAUGAUUCUAGUGAAAGUGUGUGGAGUUUAAAAACACAGUGGAGCACUUCCUGUAUUACCACAUGAUGACAUCACAAGGUGGAACGGCGUGUUUUCAGUUUGAGAGAAGUAAAAACUAAGCCUAAAUAUGCAGGGUUUUUGCACUAAACAUGUGUGAAUGAAAGAAAACACAACUCCAGAUGUGUUUGUGAUGAGAAAACAUUAUAACAGAUCAGAAAAUAGCAUAAUAUGGGCCUUUUAAAUAAACAUAUCUGGGUCAUAUCAGUGAGUUUUAAGGUUCACUUUAUUGUCUUUGUAGGGAAUCUUGAGCUAGGUCUGCUCAGGAUUACCUUAGCUGGAAGAUUCUUACCUAUCGUGUAUGUUUUAACUACUCAAAUCAAGAUUAAGAAUUCAUUUUAACCACGUCUAGAUGCUUAUUUUUUGCAGCGUUGGCCUAAAAUGCUCUUUGAAAGUGCCAUGUUGUUUAUGUACUUAAGCGAGCUCAUGCAGUCUAUAAGCAAUAUCUCCUGAAAUAAGGACUAUAUGACUUCCUUUGUAACAUUUUUGUUUGAGAUAUAAGGUCAUUUCUGUACAGCUGCAUAUUAACUUCUUUGUUGUAGGAUUUUGGUACAUUUUUAGUGGAAGAAAAUGUCUAGUUUCAUGUGAAUGUACAUACAAACUGUUUUUAUUCUGUCCGCAGUAGCCUGUAAUUAGUAAUAUACCUAACAAUACUGUAUGGACUUAACAUAAGCUUUCGUUAGAUUUUUUUUUUUUUU